AUGCCACCGGGCAUGCAAGCUGGCGACUUGCCUUAUGUGAGGGAGCUCAUCGAAGUGAUCUUUCUCAACCUCGACUUCGUCGACCUUAUGCGAGUGCGGCGCGUGUGUCGCUUCUGGAGACAAACCAUAACCGGGGCCCCGAGUCUCCAGCGGAUACUUUUCAAGCGAGCCGAGACCACCCGCAAAGAGAAUUACGGCUUUUCACGCGCGAUUGAAGACUAUCACGGACCCCUAGAUCCCGAGAUCUCACGCGCAAUCAAUGACUGGCAAUUUGCGCUCAGACGCUUCCUAGACCAGCCACCAACGCAGGACACUCUAGGCGUUCUCGAUCAUGCAAAUGGCUCAGUAGCUAUGCAUUUAGUGCGCACGGAUCGCUUCGCCGCGGGAUGGCCAAUCGACAUACUGGACAUGUUCUGUCAACCCUGCGGUUCGUUCCACAACAUUAUCCUAGAAGCGCACCUCCAUCCGCUUUUCCGCCAUUUCAAGCCGCAUUUGGUAUGCUUCAGAAGCUGGGGUUUCCGACUUAUUAUCACCGCAGCCUUGCAGCGAUGGGACUUUUUCUUGCACCGCCCUUCUGUAACUUUCAUACGGAACUCGCUUGAUCAAACGCUGGACGUGUAUGACACUUUGCGGAAUAUAGUCCACACCAUGCGCGCUUACGGAUUGGAAGCGGAUAUGUUGACGCGCCCUCUUUGCUCUCGACUCAUAGUUACCAACACGAUAACACUACAAGUAGAAGAACAUCAUCAAGGGGUCACUGUAGGUCAAGGGGCUACAUUAAUGGUUAAAUUAUGCCACGAAUCUCUCACUUCAUUGCGCAAUACUGUUGUUGAAGGCCGGGCUCGAGAAGAUCCGGAGGGCAAGGAGAUUGAUCGUUGCACGAUUUUGGGCGAGAUUGAUCGGGUUCUGACACUUGUCAAAGCUCUACUUUAA